AUGAGGGCUGUAAGGUAUGUGGAUGUGAUCCUUCAGUUGAUUGACAAAGCAGGCGAUUUUGUCAGUGAUGACAUUUGGUUUCGUGUUGUGCAAUUUGUUACGAACAAUGAAGACCUACAGCUUUAUGUAGCAGUAAAAGCCAUGGAAUAUCUUGAUAAGCCUACUGUACACGAGACAAUGGUCAAGGUCAGUGCUUAUAUCCUUGGAGAAUACAGUCACCUUCUGGCCAGAUGGCCUGGGACUUCUACGAUUUCCAUUCUUCUUUCAACAUAUGCUAAGAUUUUAAUGCACAAUCAACCUCCAGACCCAGAAUUACAGAAUCAAAUUUGGGCAAUUUUUCACAAAUAUGAGAGUUGUAUUGAUGUUGAGAUACAGCAAAGAGCUGUUGAAUAUUUUGCAUUGAGUAGGAAAGGUGCAGAUUUAGUGGAUAUAUUGGCUGAAAUGCCUAAAUUCCCCGAGCGCCAGUCUGCAUUGAUUAGAAAAGCUGAAGAUACUAAAGCUGAUACUGCGGAGCAAAGUGCUACUAAGUUGCGGUCAUUGCAUCAAACUUCUAAUGCAUUGGUAGUGACUGACCAACGCCCUGCCAAUGGAAUGCCACCUGUGAACCAGCUUGGUUUGGUGAAAGUGCCCAACAUGAGCAAUGUGGAUCAUAACUCAGUAGAUCAAGGGGUGACUGAGGCGAAUGAGACUGACUGUGGUGGAUCCACAAUCGCUUGA